UGGCUGGUACCGACAGAGGUACCGGCCUGGACUGGCCUACCCCGAAUAUAACACAGGCCUGUGAGAACAGGCCAAGGGGCUGGUCUCACAGGCCAACCCGAGGUCCGCUACAGGGCUAGCGGGAAGAUGAAAUCAAGGGAAGCAAAGUGGGGGGAUAUUCUGGAGCGGCUGCGGGGGAAGGGAAUUAUCAAGAAGUUGGAGGACGUGAAACGCAAGUGGGAGAAUUUGAAGUCCGCAUACAACCGCGUGUCCUUCCACAACAGGCAUGUGUCGGGAUUGAAGAACUUCUUGGAGAUGUCGACGAAAGAGCGGAUUGAGAAGAAGGUGCACGUGUUUAUCAGGGAAGCAGUAUACAAGGUCAUGGACCAAUACUGGCACGACGAUCCUUCAGCGGUGUCUACGAAUCUGAUGGAUUCGGGGAACCCGAUUGAAGAUGACCUCCAUGGUGCAGGUUCAGGCAGUCCUGGCGAUGAUGGCGGUGGAGCGCAAUCUGUUGCCUCGGCGGCGCGAGCGGGUGGCAGGAACCCCGCUCGGAAGAGAGGACCAGCACAUAGACCCGCCCGGUUUUCUGUGGCGACGGCCACGAUUAGCGACGAAAAGGCACAAGGAAGUGACCGCGGAGCGUGGGGUGAAGGCGGAAGCGGAGGAGAAAGAGAAGGAGAGCGCCGUGGAGCGGUGGGCACGGUUGCUAUCUUGCCGGGGCUGGAAUUUCAGCUCCCCAAAAGUUUCAUCAACCCACGCCGUCUGGCAACUACGGCGUUCGCUGUUAACCACCAUUCCCUUGACGACACAUGUUUUCCAUACCACAUAACGCCUACCAAUCUAUAUCGAUCAUGGGCGGCUAGCAAAGGGAACUCCUCGACCAGCGAACCAAAAAGGGCUUUCUACUGCAACGUGGGCGGGGCUAGUGCUUGUAAAGCAGCAUCAGGUGGAGCAGCUGCUCCCACAUCCGCCAUAUAUGCGUCGCUCGCGCCCUUUUUGUUUCGGCUGAGAUCGAAAUCAAAAUCGAAAUCGGAAUCGAAAUCGAAAUCGAAAUCGAGUUCGGCAUCGGAGAAGUACGCGCCAUCGCGACAGCAACACCUCGUCGAGCUUGUAGGGCGGGGCUAUCUCGCGGGAGGUAGAAGUAGGAAAAACAGCCAAGAUGGUGCGGUGACGUGUGAGGUGCGCAGGCCGACACGCAGCGGCAGCGGCGCCGGGGGGUGGCGAGGGAUGUGCCAAUCGGUAUCCCAACGCGUUAUUCCCAUGGGAUCAUCUUCACAACACAGUCUUCCGGCGAGGAUGGAUGCCGGGAUCGGGUCCGCGUCUAUGUCGAUCGCCGCUUCCGGGGACGAUCUGCCUUCUCCUCUCUUUGCGGCACCGUCUCCGUUGCCUCUGGGUCCUAGAUUAGGCGCUGUAGGAUUCUCCAGGUCGGGAUACACGGCUGUGCCGCGCGCGGUGAAUGCGGACAGUGGCAGAGGGGCGGGAGGAAGGAAAGGAGAUGAGGAGGAGGAUGGCGAGGAAGGCGAGGAGCAAGGGGAGGUGGUGCAGGACAAGGGCGUUAUUCACGACGAAGUUAAGGUUCAUAUCCCUGAGGAGGAUCGCUCUGAACUCUUGGGGGAUGCUGUUUGUGUCGGUGCUCUUCGCUUGGAGUCAUCGGGGUCCGGUCGACAAUCCAGAAAGAAAAAGAGAGCAACUCCGGCGGAUGACAAAAUAGGUCAAUUGAAAGGCAAAGUUUUCAGAUGGGGGGAUGAUUUUACUCUGAAUGUGGACGACGUAGUUGCUAAGUGGACUGAGGCGGCUAUCGCUGCUCGUAAGGAGGAGGAGGAGGUGGAGGACCAUCAUCGGUGCGCCGAGGAACAGCACAAGCAGGGCAAAGCAGCAGCAGCAAAGGCUGCAGAUGAGGAGAAUGUUCGGCGAUUCACGCGCUGAGCAAGUUUGCAAUAGCAAUCAAUCGCAUCACGAAUC